GCAAGGAGACCUGUGGCCCACACAGAUCCCUGUUGGGUUUCAGUUGCUGAGAUGAGUUCGGACGCCGAAAUGUCUGUGUUUGGAGAGGCUGCCCCAUACCUGAGGAAGACCGAACGAGAGAGGAUCGAAGCUCAAAACAGACCUUUCGAUGCCAAAAGCGCAGUGUUUGUGGUGGAUCCGAGGGAUCUGUUUGUGAAAGGCACCCUGCAGAGCAAAAACGGUGGCAAAGCCACCGUCAGGAAUGAAGCAGGGCUGGUUGUGACAGUGAAGGACGAUGAAAUCUUCCCCAUGAACCCGCCCAAGUACGACAAGAUCGAGGACAUGGCCAUGAUGACCCACCUUAAUGAGGCGGCUGUGCUGUACAACCUCAAAGAGCGUUACGCGGCAUGGAUGAUCUAUACGUACUCUGGACUGUUCUGCGUCACCGUGAACCCUUACAAGUGGCUCCCAGUCUACAACCAAGAGGUGGUGCUGGCCUACAGGGGCAAAAAGCGCCAAGAAGCUCCGCCGCACGUCUUUUCCAUCUCUGACGCGGCCUAUCAGGCAAUGCUCACCGGCAGAGAGAACCAGUCCAUCCUCAUCACUGGAGAAUCUGGUGCAGGGAAGACUGUUAACACCAAACGUGUCAUCCAGUACUUUGCGACAAUCGCAGGGUCUGGAGAGAAGAAAAAAGAGGCUCCCAGCGCUGGAAAGUUACAGGGAAAUCUGGAGGACCAAAUAAUCUCCGCUAACCCACUACUGGAAGCUUUUGGGAAUGCCAAGACUGUCAGAAAUGAUAAUUCUUCACGUUUUGGUAAAUUCAUCAGAAUCCACUUCGGCACCACAGGAAAACUGGCUUCUGCUGACAUCGAAACCUAUUUGUUGGAAAAGUCCAGAGUCACGUUUCAGCUGUCUGCAGAGAGGAGCUACCACAUUUUCUACCAGAUCACGUCCAACAAGAAGCCAGAGCUCAUAGAGACCCUGCUCAUCACCACCAACCCCUACGACUACCCGUUCAUCAGCCAGGGGGAGAUCAGCGUGGCCAGCAUUGAUGACAGCGAGGAGCUGAUCGCCACUCACAGCGCCAUCGAGGUCCUCGGUUUCACUGGAGAGGAGAGGAUUGGCAUCUACAAGCUAACGGGUGCUGUGAUGCAUUAUGGGAACAUGAAGUUCAAACAGAAGCAGAGGGAGGAGCAGGCGGAGCCAGACGGCACAGAGGUGGCUGACAAAGCUGCUUACCUGAUGGGCCUGAACUCUGCAGAGCUGCUGAAAGCACUGUGCUACCCGAGAGUAAAAGUCGGGAAUGAAUACGUGACCAAAGGGCAGACGGUUCAGCAGGUCUACAACUCCAUCGGCGCUUUGGCCAAAUCUGUGUACGAGAAGAUGUUUUUGUGGAUGGUCCUUCGCAUCAAUCAGAUGCUGGACACCAAGCAGCCCAGGCAGUUCUUCAUCGGGGUCCUGGACAUCGCUGGUUUUGAAAUAUUUGAUUACAACAGUCUGGAACAGCUGUGCAUCAACUUCACCAACGAGAAACUGCAGCAGUUUUUCAACCAUCACAUGUUUGUGCUCGAACAAGAGGAGUACAAGAAGGAGGGCAUCGAGUGGGAGUUCAUUGACUUCGGGAUGGACCUGGCUGCCUGUAUAGAGCUCAUUGAAAAGCCAAUGGGCAUCUUCUCCAUCCUUGAAGAGGAGUGUAUGUUCCCUAAGGCAUCGGACACCACCUUCAAAAACAAACUAUACGACCAACAUCUAGGAAAAUCCAGCAACUUUCAGAAGCCCAAGCCUGUCAAAGGCAAGGCUGAGGCUCACUUCUCCCUGGUGCACUACGCCGGCACCGUCGACUACACCAUCACGGGCUGGUUGGACAAAAACAAAGACCCGCUGACUGAGACCGUAGUCCAGCUCUACCAGAAAGCCGGCCUGAAACUGCUGGCUUUCCUCUAUUCCACCUAUGCGGCAUCAGAUGAGACCACCAAGAAGGCAUCAAAGAAGAAAGGCUCAUCCUUUCAAACCGUGUCAGCCCUCUUCAGGGAGAACCUGGGAAAGCUAAUGACCAACCUCAAGAGCACCCAUCCACACUUUGUGAGGUGUCUGAUCCCGAAUGAAACAAAAACUCCAGGCAUCAUGGAGCAUCAUCUGGUUAUCCAUCAGCUGCGCUGCAACGGCGUGCUGGAAGGGAUCCGGAUCUGCAGGAAAGGUUUCCCUAGCAGGAUCCCGUAUGCAGAUUUUAAGCAAAGGUACAAAGUGCUGAACGCAAGUGUGAUUCCUGAAGGACAAUUCAUUGACAACAAGAAAGCUGCAGAGAAGCUCUUGGGAUCAAUAGAUGUGGAUCACACACAGUACAAGUUUGGGCAUACCAAGGUUUUCUUCAAAGCGGGACUCUUGGGUUUACUGGAGGAGAUGAGAGAUGAAAAACUGGUCUCUCUCAUCACCAUCACUCAAGCUGUGUGUCGAGGAUUUCUCAAGCGGAGGGAGUUUCAGAAAAUGAUGGACAGGAGAGAAUCCAUUUAUAUACUCCAGUACAACAUUCGCUCAUUCAUGAAUGUGAAACACUGGCCAUGGAUGAAGCUUUACUUCAAGAUCAAGCCACUUCUGAGGAGUGCAGAGACUGAAAAGGAGAUGGCGAGCAUGAAGGUGGAGUUUGCCAAAUGUAAAGAAGAUUUUGCCAAAGUGGAGCUUAAGAGAAAAGAGCUGGAGGCCAAAAUGGUUUCCUUGGUUCAAGAGAAGAACGACUUGCGUCUCCAGAUUCAGUCGGAGAGUGAGAGUUUGGCAGAUGCAGAAGAAAGAUGCGAAGGACUGAUAAAGAACAAGAUCACGCUGGAGGCUAAAGCCAAAGAACUCGGCGAGCGACUGGAGGACGAGGAGGAGGUGAACGCCGAGCUGACCGCCAAGAAGAGGAAGCUGGAGGAUGAAUGCUCCGAGCUGAAGAAAGACAUCGAUGACUUGGAGCUCACACUGGCUAAAGUGGAGAAGGAAAAGCACGCCACCGAAAACAAGGUGAAAAAUUUGACAGAGGAAAUGUCAAAUCUUGAUGACACCAUCGCAAAGUUGUCCAAGGAGAAGAUGGCCCUUCAAGAGGUCCACCAGCAAACACUUGAUGACCUUCAAGCAGAGGAAGACAAAGUCAACACUCUGACCAAAGCUAAGAUCAAGCUAGAGCAGCAAGUUGAUGAUCUUGAGGGCUGCUUGGAACAAGAAAGGAAGCUGCGGAUGGAUGUUGAGAGAUCCAAAAGGAAGCUCGAGGGAGAUCUGAAACUGACUCAGGAGUCUGUUAUGGAUUUGGAAAAUGGCAAGCAACAGUUGGAGGAACGCCUUAAAAAGAAAGACUUUGAAAUCAGCCAACUUAUUGCCAAAGUUGAGGAUGAACAGGGCGUGGUCAUCCAAUCUCAGAGGAGGAUCAAGGAACUUCAGGCUCGCACCGAGGAGCUGGAGGAGGAGAUCGAAGCGGAGCGUGUUGCCAGAGCUAAGGUGGAAAAACAACGGUCAGAUCUCACCAGGGAGCUCGAGGAGAUCAGCGAGAGGCUGGAGGAGGCUGGAGGAGCCACCACAGCUCAGGUAGAGAUGAGCAAGAAGAGGGAGGCCGAGUUUCAGAAACUGAGGCGAGACUUGGAGGAGUCCACUCUUCACCACGAGGCCAUAACGGCAGCUCUGAGAAAGAAGCACGCCGACAGUGUGGCGGAGGUUGGAGAGCAGAUUGACAACCUGCAGAGAGUCAAGCAGAAGCUUGAAAAGGAGAAGAGUGAGUACAAGAUGGAGAUUGACGACCUAUCCAACAGCAUAGAGGCCUUGGUCAAGGCAAAGUCUCAUUACGAGAAGCUGUGCCACUCUCUGGAGGACCAACUGACUGAAUUCAAGAUGAAGCACGAUGAGAACACACACCUGAUCAAUGACAUAAAUGUGCAAAGGGCAAAACUUCAGAAUGAAAAUGGGGAGUUUUCUCGUCGUCUUGAGGAGAAAGAGACGGUGCUCUCUCAGAUGACCAGGGCCAAGCUUAUCUUCUCUCAGCAAAUAGAAGAACUGAAGAGGCAGGUGGAGGAAGAGACAAAGACGAAGAGCGCCCUCGCCCACGCCCUCCACGCCUCCCGCCACGACUCUGAUCUUCUGAGGGAGCAGUUCGAGGAGGAGCAGGAGGCCAAGGCCGAGCUCCAGAGGGCCAUGUCCAAGUCCAACAGCGACGUGGCCCAGUGGAGGACCAAGUACGAGACUGAUGCCAUCCAGCGCAACGACGAACUGGAGGAGGCCAAGAAGAAGCUUGCUCAGCGUUUGCAGGAGGCUGAGGAGGCCAUCGAGGCGGUGAACGCAAAGUGCUCAUCUUUGGAGAAGACGAAGCAGAGGCUGCAGGGAGAGGUGGAAGACCUCAUGGCUGACGUGGAAAGAGCAAACGCUCAAGCAGCUGUUCUGGAUAAAAAGCAGAGAAGCUUCGACAAGAUUCUGUCUGAGUGGAAGCAGAAGUUCGAGGAGGGCCAGGCAGAGUUAGAUGGCUCACUGAAGGAGUCUCGCUCUCUCAGCACCGAACUCUUCAAAACAAAGAACUCUUAUGAAGAAGCUUUGGAGCAACUCGAGGUCCUCAAGCGAGAAAACAAGAACCUGCAGCACGAAAUUUCUGACGUGACUGAACAACUUGGGGAGAACGGCAAAGCCAUCCAUGAGCUGGAGAAGAUGAAGAAACAAACGGAGAUAGAGAAGACGGAGAUCCAUGCAGCUCUGGAGGAGGCUGAGGCGUCUCUGGAGCACGAAGAAUCAAAAAUCCUGCGUGUUCAGCUGGAGCUGGCUCAGGUCAAAGGGGAGGUGGACCGGCGGGUGGCUGAGAAGGACGAGGAGAUGGAGCAGAUGAAGCGCAGCACCCAGCGCUCCAUGGAGACGAUGCAGUCGGCUUUAGACGCCGAGAUACGCAGCAAGAACGACGCCACGAGGAUCAGGAAGAAGAUGGAGGCGGACCUCAAUGAAAUGGAGAUCCAGCUGAGCCACGCCAAUCGGCAGGCGGCCGAAGCCCAGAAGCAGCUGAGGAACAUUCAGAGCCACUACAAAGAACGAAUCCUUCGUCUGGAUGAGGCGCUGCGCAGCCAGGAGGAGCUGAAGGAGCAGGUGUCGGUGGUGGAGCGGAGGAGCAGCCUGAUGCAGGCGGAGGUGGAGGAACUCCGGGCCGCUCUGGAGCAGUCGGACAGAAGCAGGAAGUUAGCCGAGGGAGAGCUGACUGAUGCCUGCGAGCGCGUGGCGCUGCUCCAUUCUCAGAACACCGGUUUGCUCAACUCCAAGAAGAAGCUGGAAGCAGAUGUCAGUCAGCUGCAGAACGAGAUCGAGGAUGCCGUGCAAGAGGCUCGCAAUGCAGAGGAAAAGGCCAAGAAGGCCAUCACUGAUGCAGCCAUGAUGGCAGAGGAGCUGAAGAAGGAGCAGGACACCAGCAGCCACCUGGAGAGGAUGAAGAAGAACCUGGAGGCGUCGGUGAAGGACCUGCAGCACCGGCUGGAUGAGGCCGAGAGUCUGGCCUUGAAGGGAGGCAAGAAGCAGCUGCAGAAACUGGAAGCUCGGGUGCGGGAACUAGAGGGCGAGGUGGAGAGCGAGCAGAAGAAGUCCGCCGAUGCCAUCAAGGGAGUCCGUAAAUAUGAGCGGAGGGUCAAAGAGCUCAGCUACCAGACCGAGGAGGACAAGAAGACCGUCCUGAGGCUGCAGGACCUGGUGGACAAGCUGCAGUUCAAAGUCAAAGCCUACAAACGGCAGAACGAAGAAGCUGAGGAGCAGGCCAAUACACACGUGGCUAAGCUCAGAAAGGUGCAGCAUGAGCUGGAGGAGGCACAGGAGCGGGCCGACAUUGCCGAGUCGCUGGUCAACAAGAUGAGGACCAAGAGCAGGGAGCUUGGAAAGGUGCCUGAAUUGGAGUGAACCUCGAAACGAUCUCGAUAGAACCAGAAGAACCCACUUUAGUGGACGAACCCUUGUUUUUUGCUGUGGAAGUGUAGCCGUCUAAUAAAGUUGAGUGAAGCA